AUGCCGCAAUUGACAGCGCAAGCUGUACAUCCGCCUCUUCCAAGCCCUAGCUUCACGCUUAUACCAGCAUCUCCUUCUAGGCUGGAGACAUCUAUCCACUCCGAAGAGGCACCUUCAGAGACAACAUUGGUUCAAGAAGCCCUCCCUCAAACUCCACAAAAAUCGUUGCAAACAUACCUUCAUAGCUUUGACCUAGAGCAGCAGAGCCAUGACCCCCAAGACGGCACGGGUAGCUUCCAGGGACUCUACUAG